AUGCCAUCUUCUGAAAAGACGGGCGAGAGACGUCCCUCCACCUCCAAAGGAAAUCGCAUCAGCCAUUUCUUUUCCUCGAGCCCCAAGUCCAAGGACCACACCGCUGCCCAGCAGGCACUGCUCGCCAUGCAGCAGCAGCAGCAGCAGCAGCAGCAGCAGCAACCCUCUGCGACGCAGCAACAGCAUACUCAGGCCAACGGUGUGCCCGCUGCCAUCUCGCCCCCAUCCACCUCUCUUCCUAUAAUUUCACUGUCCACCGCCGUUGCGGGUGACCACAACAGCUCCGAACCGCCAACUACAACUCUGUUCCGCCCCAGGUCGGCCGAGGAGAUAGAGAGAAAGCGACGUGCUGAUGCUCAGUUUGGUCCUCUCUGUCAUCCAAGUCACCUCUACGUCAGCAAGUCACACGGCAUACCCCUGGAGCCGCCGAUUGAGGACGAGCCCCCUUACUACUUCCUCCUCACCACCUACAUUAGCUAUCUGCUGCUCAUUCUUGUGGGCCACAUUUGCGACUUCUUUGGCAAGAGAUUUGGCGACAAGAAAACCUACGACUCCCUCAAAGUCCAAAAUGGCUACGCUCCGCUCAAUGAUGACUUCGACAGUUUCUAUACUAGACGGUUAAAGAUGCGACUGGACGAUUGCUUUGCCCGACCAACUAUCGGCGUUCCUGGAAGGUUCAUUACUCUGAUUGACCGCAAAUCCAACGAUCACAACCGCUCCUAUCAGUACACUGGCACCUACACCGAGACGCUCAACAUGAGCUCCUACAAUUACCUGGGGUUUGCCCAAUCCGAAGGGCCCUGCGCCGACGCCGUCGAAGAGUGUGUCAGGUGUUAUGGUGUCACCUCGGCCAGUCCGCGUGGCGAUGCUGGCACCACUGAUUUAGCUCUCGACGUUGAACGAGAAGUUGCUGCUUUUGUUGGCAAGCCUGAUGCCAUGGUCUUUUCCAUGGGCUAUGUGACCAACGCCAGUUCCUUCCCGGCUUUGGCCUCAAAAGGCUGUCUCAUCAUCUCUGAUGAACUGAACCACGCCUCUAUCCGCAUCGGGGCCCGUCUUUCCAACGCCGUCAUUCAGUCCUUCAAACACAAUGACAUGUAUGACCUGGAAAGGGUCCUGCGAGAAAACAUAUCGCAGGGCCAGCCGCGUACCCACCGACCAUGGAAGAAGAUCCUGGUUGUCGUAGAAGGCUUAUACUCUAUGGAGGGCACCAUGUGUGAUCUGCCACGCAUCCUUGCUCUGAAGCAAAAGUACAAGUUUUAUCUUUUUGUUGACGAGGCUCACUCCAUCGGUGCUCUGGGACCCCGUGGUCGUGGUGUCUGCGACUACUUCGGCAUUGAUCCUUCGGAAAUCGACAUCCUCAUGGGCACCUUCACAAAAUCUUUUGGUGCAAACGGUGGCUAUAUUGCAGCCGAGAAGCACAUCGUCGACAAGUUGAGAAGCACAAAUGCCUGCAGUCAAUACGGCGAAUCACCUGCUCCAUGCGUCUUGACGCAGAUUUUGGCCUCGUUGAAGCUCAUCACGGGCGAGUUGUGCCCGGGCCAUGGCGAGGAGCGCUUGCAGCGCAUUGCCUUCAACUCUCGAUACCUCCGUCUCGGUCUCAAGCGUCUCGGCUACAUCGUCUACGGUCAUGAUGAUUCACCAAUCAUCCCCGUCAUGCUGUACAACCCUGGAAAGAUGCCCGCUUUCAGUCGUGAGAUGCUCAAGCGCAAGAUUUCCAUCGUCGUCGUCGGGUAUCCUGCGACGCCUCUUAUUAGCUCCCGUGCCCGUUUCUGCAUAUCCGCAGCCCACAACAAGGACGACUUGGACAGACUUUUAGCCGCCUGCGACGAAAUUGCGGACAUCCUCCAACUCAGGUUCUCUACUGGUGUUGCCGGCGGCCUUGAACCUCUCCCCGCCGGCGUUGACGUUGCACCAAAUGAGGAGAAGGAAUGGAGACGGGUCAACGGCAUCCCUCUGACGCCUCCCAGAUGGGCCAUGGAAGAUAUUGUACGUUGCGGUGUCCGUGAUACCAAGCGGCCCUUGCGGUAG